CGGCUGUACCAAAUCUGAAAAAGAAACAAGACUACUAUUUUUGAUGACAAACUCCUCCCUACUGCAAACCCAGACACCAUCUUUCUGCUCAUCUGACAAACAACGCUUCUUCCCUCCCUUCUGUGAAUUCAAAUAUGGAUGGGAUUCAAACUGUUUUUAAAUUCCUCACUAAUCAGAAAAAUGUCAUUGGUUACAGCUUUAUGGCUUUGCUGACACUAGGAGGUGAACGUCUCUUCUCGAUUGUUGCUUUCAGAUGUCCAUGUAGCACUGAAAACUCUACCUAUGGAUUGGUCUUUCUCCUUGCCCCAGCAUGGGUGUUGCUGAUCAUUGGGUACUUUUUGAAUAGCAGGAUGUGGAGACUAUUCACAGGAUGCUGCGUAAACCCCAGAAAAAUCUUCCCCAAGGGGAAUAGCUGCCAUUUCUUUUAUGUCUUUGGCCAGAUCACUUUAAGUGCCCUGGUGGCUCCAACGAUGUGGCUUUCUGUGGCUUUGCUCAAUGGGACCUUUUAUGAAUGUGCCAUGAGUGGCACCAAGAAUCCACAUUUCCUGAAGAUGAUUUGCAAGGACAAGUCUUCUGAGUGCCUACAAGAACUGUACAAAGUAGCUUGUGGGAAAACAAGCAUGUCCUCUGCAGAUACCCAGGAAUUGAAGCUAACUCUACAAGCACAAUCUCAGAUUCUAGGGUGGUGUGUGAUUUCCAUGGCUGCCUUCUUCUCUCUGAUCACCACCUGCUAUGUCAGGUGCCGUUCUAAGAUCAGCCACCUUCAAAUGAAGUUCUGGAAGACCUAUGCCGAGCAGGAGAAAGAGCAGUUUGAGCAAACCUUCCAGCAGUAUGCAGCCAGGCUGAGUGAAAGGAACCUAAAAUGUUUUUUUGAAAACAAAAAGCCAGAUGCUUUCCCCAUGCCCACCUUUGAAGCCUGGGAGGCUGCUUCAGAGCUGUACUCCUUCAACCGAACUCAACAACACUAUAGCACCCUGCACCGGGUGGUGGAAGAUGGACAAGGAAUCAAUUCUGAAGAUACAGAGACAUCUUUGGACUUUGUAGACAACCGAGCUGUUGUCUAGCAUGUAGAAAAGGAUCAUGUCUACCCUUCUGACAUUUUUUUAAAUGCUCUAUAUCCUACAUUUGGGGAAAUCUUCACAUUUCAUUAACCAAAAAGGCUCUUAAAGCAGUUUUGUAUAAUGGUUAGAGCGGCACAAAGAUCAGCUUGUGAUUAGAAAGAUCUGGGUUGAACUCCUGCCUCCAAAAUGGCCUGCUUGAUGUCCUGUGUGGAUUUCAUCCCAUCUCCCACAUCUAUAUAGGCUGUCCCUCCUUCCCAAAAUGUUUAUCUUGGAAUAUAUCCAUAUUCCAUAUGGCCAUAUCUUAGAAUCUUUAUAUCCUUCAAAGCUCAGUUGAAAUGCUACCUUUUCAAGAAGGUCUUAUUGCUAGAACUUUCCAUCCUCCCAAAAUACCUUGUAUUUACUUUGCAUAUAUUUAGUAUUUGCUUAUAUGUAUAUGUUUCUCCCUAAUAGAAUGCAAGCUCUGUGAGAGCAGAGACCAUUUUAUUUUUGUCUUUUUAUGUUCCUUAGACCCUAGCAGAGUGCCUGACACAUAAAUCAUUGUCAUGAAACAAAUAUGUGCUAAUUGAUUGACUUAGCACUUGCUAUAGUAGCUUUCUGAGCAUGGACAAUUCAUUUAUCACUUUGAACCUCAGUUUCCUUAUCUGCAAAAUGAAAAUAAUAGAACUUGUAUUACUAUCACAAUAAGUGUAUAUAUUUGUAAAAUAUAAAAAAUUAUGUGGGAAUCAGUUGUUAGUAUCAAUGUUGUUAUUACUAUUAUUAUUAUUAUUAUUAUUAUUAUUAUUAUAUAAUG